GAUUCUAUUUCAACCCUUUUCCAAUCCUAUUGUAUUGGACUCGAUCGAGAAGGAUUACAUUGUCUUGUCGAACUUGCUCGAACGAACCAUUGUACUCGCCGACUCAGUGUGCCGUGCGAGUCGAACUUCAGGGCGGGAUGCAAAGUGGGGGUGAAAAAUUUGAGGACCCGGCCCGAGCUUUCACCCUCGACCCGCUAAGGGCCCAAUGGGUCUAGCUAGUGGGCCGAUUCUUGUGGGCUUUGAAGGCGGAUGACGUCAGUGCUUGACCCGUGACAUGACGUUGGAACGAAGGAAGGGCAGAACCGUAAAUUAAGCGGAACCCUAUUUAAUUACCAUAACCUCGGUCCCUUUCUGGCUCGCUCUGUCUCCUGCCGCUUUGAGAGGUCGGCCAGCGUUGAGCUCUCACUCACCUGCCAAAAAACCCACCAUUCCCACUAGGGUUCCGGUUUCUUCAUCAUAAAGUCAGCUGAGGACCGCGAGUCUUCCAUCAUCGAGGUCUUCGUUUAAUUUAUCGUUUCGGACGCGGGUGCCUGAGUGGACCUCGAUCCGCGCUCUCUGCCGUUGAAGUCCCAUGGAUGCUCGUAAGAGGGGAAGGCACGAAGGCGGUGCCAACAACGCCAAUGGCGGUUUCAAGAAGUCCAAGCAAGAAAUGGAGUCCUUAUCAACUGGUGUAGGAAGCAAAUCAAAGCCAUGCACCAAGUUUUUCAGCAUUACCGGGUGCCCCUUUGGAGAGGGAUGCCACUUCCUGCACUAUGUUCCAGGCGGUUACAAUGCAGUGGCACAGAUGAUGAAUCUAGCACCCAUUGUUUCUCCACCGUCACGAAAUGCAGGCCCACUGCCACCACUGCCCCAGCACAAUGCCUCUACUCAGCCCUCUGUCAAGACCCGCUUGUGCAACAAAUACAACACUGCUGAGGGCUGCAAGUUUGGCGACAAGUGCCAUUUUGCCCACGGCGAGUGGGAGCUUGGAAAGCCCGUCGCCCCAUCCUUUGACGAUCCCCGUGGGGUGGGCCAGCCUCCAAUUCCUGGACGCUUGGGCGGGCCCCCACCUCCAUCGAUUCCUGGCCCUGCCUCUAGCUUUGGCGCCUCUGCCACCGCGAAGAUCAGUGUGGAUGCCUCCCUUGCUGGGGCCAUCAUAGGGAAGGGAGGGGUGAACUCGAAGCUGAUAUGCCGCCAAACAGGGACUAAGCUCUCAAUUAGAGACCAUGAGUCGGACCCAAACCUGAGGAACAUUGAGCUCGAGGGCACAUUCGAGCAGAUCAAGCAGGCGAGCACCAUGGUGAGGGAGCUGAUCAUGGACAUUGGGGCCGUGGGUGGCCCUCCCAAGGGUGGCCAUGGCCUUGGAGGACCGGGGGCCCCGCCAGGGAGCAACUACAAGACGAAGCUGUGCGACAACUUUGCAAAGGGUUCUUGCACUUUCGGGGAUAGAUGUCACUUUGCACAUGGAGCUGCUGAGUUGCGGAGAACUGUGGUUUGAGUACUUUCAGGAGUCAUCUAGGAGUAGAUAGUCUCAUCUAUCUAUACCAUUGUGUCUUCAAAUGCAGAAGGGUUGUACAAUUUGAGUUAUGGCCACCCAGAAUGAGCUGAUGUUCGGGAUAGAGAGAAAUUGUGUCCUGCCAGCCGAGUUUUGUGGUAUACUGUCUCUGAUAGGAUUCUGCUUCGUCUUCUGUCUUACACUCAUUCACUGGUAGGAGCUCUUAAUUACUUCAACUGGUACCUAUUAAGCAGUUAGCAUUGUUUAAUUUAUAGGUACGUGGGGUCGAUCUUCAUUGGCUGUUUGCUUCAACGUUGCUGAAAGCCAAUAAUCUGCGUUGAAUGUUUGUAACCA